CAUUCAUAAAGACAGGUACUCUGUCUUUAUACACGGUGGUAACCUGUCCUUAUUGACAAUGUUGGCUGUAUUUGAUCUGUUGGCUACCUCGUCGUUAUCUCGAGAACACAUCCAAUCUCUGCCAGAUCGACCCCCCUCGCCAUGGACGACUUGAGCGCCCUUUCUAACUCCUGCCUAGGAUGUUUCGUGAGGCUCAUACAAUCCUUGUCAACGUCUUCGGAUGAACUGACGAAGAUGAUGCCACUGAGCGCAAUCGAGAAGGAAUAUGACCGUUUCAAGAUUUGGGCAGGCAAUUUGGGUGCUCUACAGAGAGGCAGAAGUUCACUUGAUGCUAGAUUGCGGGACUCGGUGGUUCUACGAGCAGCUGUUCUCAAGUUUCUGGGCCAGCUACAAGACACUUUGGCCAAGAGUGCAGAGAUAACUACCGGCGUUCGCCUGCCGUAUGAGCAGGAUCUGGCCGCAGACCUCGGACCGAGUGGCAAUGACACUCCUGUCCAUGAUGAAGACUUUGGGAGUAUCAGUGACAGCAGCGGCGAAGCGGACGCUGGCGAAUUGAACGAGAGAUUGAGUGAGGUUCAAGACGUCAUGAAGCAUCUAUACAGGCUGUCAUUCAAGAUCCGCAACACAAGACACCGUUCCCUCACCCAAAAGGCUCUUCUGUUGAAAGACGAGGAUCCAGAAACAGGAAAAGAUUUGUUCUCAGCAUAUGCGGUUUUCGAUCGUCGACACGUAAAAGAAGUCCUUGAUUCUUUGCGCCUACCGCCGUCGCCGCUCAAGGAAUUUGAGACAGAGCCUGCACAAGUUGUCGAUGACAAUAUAGUGGAUGUGUUAGACCCCGAUGGUCAUCCAGCGGAUCUCACCGAUUUUCUGCUAGAUCGAUUAUCAAAAGCAAUCACCAAUCGCAGAAGGUACUUUAAAUACUGGCAAAGCCAUGCGCUCAAGCUCUCCCGCAGCACGGAUGACCCAGGCUUCCAGGGAACAAUAUUAGACAACCCGGUUCUCAUCGAGCCUCUGAAAGCUGCCUCCAGGCCCAAUGUCAGAGUCACUACCACCGACAUUUUGAUGCCGCUUGAAGGGCCGAAAACAGUCUUGUCAGGAACUGAUUUCUCUAGGUAUAACAAUAAUCUGGAUGAUCAAUUGGACACAGAGAGCGUCAUCUCUUAUGCGACCACCGCGUUCGACUUGAGCGGAAAGGCCCCAGAAUUUCCACUACCUCCUCCUGAGGCAGGUGAACAGUCGGAAUUCGUUUGUCCGUAUUGCUGGGUGGUGUGUCCAUCGCGACAGGGAAAAGGGAAGUCCUGGCAAGAACACAUCCGUCAAGAUCUCCAACCGUACGUAUGCACGUAUGAGGAAUGUCCAGAUGCCGACCACAUGUACUCCAGUCGGCAUGCGUGGCUCGAGCAUGAGCGACUGGUCCACCGUCGAGUCUGGAAAUGCUUUGAACACAGGUCCUUCAUUUCCAAAUCCAAAGAUAAUCUGUUCCAACACUUUUCAUCCUGCCACCAGGACCUUGAUGCGCAGGAGAUCGAAAAUCUCCUGGACUUAGCAGCGACGACCUUGGCCGAUGAGCGAAAGUCGUGCCCUUUCUGCCGUUCAAACGGGCCUUUCAAAAAAGGGCUUCACAACCACAUCGCCUUCCACCAGGAACAGCUGGCAACUUUUGCAAUCCCGCGAAAUUUCGACCGUGACGAGAAUUCUAGGCAAGCCCAAGGCUCCAGAUCAGGGUGGUCUUUGCUUUCCAUUGCUCUAGACUUUCCCGAGGAAGACAGCAGCUCUAAGAGCGGUGACACUAGCGUUGAGCCGGAAACCGACGGCAACCCUCUUAUAAACGCUGCCAGAUCUGGGAAUGUGACGCUCCUGGAACGAUUGCUCGACGAUCCUGAGGUAGAUGUGAACGCGGUGGAUCACCAUCGCCGGUCAGCACUGUCUCAUGCGGCAGAGAAUGGGCACCAAGCAAUUGUGAAAACGCUAGUUGAAGCAGGGGCAGAUGUCAAUGCUGGAAGGUACAGCAAUGCACUUCAGGCAGCAGCAGCAAAAGGCCGUUUGAGUGUUAUUCGGAUGCUACUUGACGCAGGGGCAGAUGUCAAUGCUCAGGGAGGACGGCAUGGGAAUGCACUCCAGGUAGCAUCAUUAUAUGGCGAUAGAGGUACCAUUCAGAUGCUACUUGGUGUAGGAGCAAAUGUUAAUGCUCAGGGUGGACCAUAUGGAAAUGCACUCCAGGCCGCAUCAGCAAGGGGUCAUAUAGACACUGUCCGGAGCCUACUUGACGCAGGGGCAAAUAUCAAUGCUCAGGGAGGACGGCAUGGGAAUGCACUCCAGGCCGCAUCAGCAAGGGGUCAUAUAGACACCGUCCAGAGGCUACUUAGCGCAGGGGCAAAUGUCAAUGCUCAGGGAGGACGAUACGGCAAUGCAUUGCAUGCCGCGCGGCGAAGGGGACAUGAGGAUAUUGUAAAAAUGCUACGAGACGCGGGAGCCAUUGAUGAGGAAGCAUCAGACAUAGAAGCAGAUUGA